AUGUCCCUGAUAAUCAACACCUUUUACUCCAACAAGGAAAUCUUUAUGCGGGAGAUCAUUUCCAAUGCCUCUGAUGCACUGGACAAGAUCCGCUAUGAGAGUCUGACAGAUCCCUCAAAGCUGGAACGUGGCAAAGAGCUGAAGAUGGAUAUCAUUCCCAAUCCCCAUGAUCGCACCCUCACCUUGGUGGACAUUGGUGGUAUUGGCAUGACAAAGGCAGACCUUAUCAACAAUCUGGGCACCAUUGCGAAGUCCGGCACCAAAGCCUUCAUGGAAGCCUUGCAGGCUGGUGCAGACAUCUCCAUGAUUGGACAGUUUGGUGUGGGCUUUUACUCUGCUUACCUUGUGGCUGAGAAGGUUGUGGUUACCACCAAGCACAACGAUGAUGAACAGUAUGCCUGGGAGUCAUCUGCAGGCGGCUCCUUCACUGUCAAAACUGACCAUGGCGAACCCAUUGGCCGUGGUACCAAAGUGAUCUUGCACCUGAAGGAAGAUCAGACUGAAUACCUGGAGGAACGUCGCAUCAAGGAAGUGGUGAAGAAGCACUCCCAGUUCAUCGGCUACCCUAUCACCCUCUAUCUGGCGAAGGAGCGUGAGAAGGAAAUCAGCGACGAUGAGGCGGAAGAGGAAAAAGUGGAGAAGGAGGAUGAAGAGGCAGCCCCCAAGGAUGAGGAGGAGAAGCCCAAGAUUGAAGAUGUGGGCUCAGAUGAAGAGGAGGAAGGUGGCAAGAGCAAGAAGAAGACCAAGAAGAUCAAGGAAAAGUACAUCGACCAGGAGGAACUGAACAAGACCAAGCCCAUCUGGACCCGAAACCCUGAUGACAUCACUCAGGAGGAGUAUGGCGAGUUCUACAAGAGCUUGACUAAUGAUUGGGAAGACCAUCUGGCUGUUAAGUGCUUUUCUGUGGAGGGGCAGUUGGAAUUCCAGGCGCUUCUCUUCAUCACACGCUGGGCCCCGUUUGACCUCUUUGAAAACAAGAAGAAAAAGAACAACAUCAAGCUCUAUGUGAGGCGCGUCUUCAUUAUGGACAGCUGUGAUGAACUCAUCCCAGAGUCCCUGAACUUCAUCCGGGGUGUAGUGGACUCCGAGGAUCUGCCCCUGAACAUCUCCCAUGAAAUGCUGCAACAAAGCAAGAUUCUCAAAGUGAAUCGCAAGAACAUCGUCAAGAAAUGCCUGGAGCUUUUUGCAGAGCUGGCGGAGGACAAGAAAACUACAAGAAGUUCUACGAGGCCUUCUCCAAAAAUCUCAAGCUGGGGAUCCAUGAGGACUCUACCAACAGGAAACGCCUGUCAGAACUGUUGCGAUACCACACUUCCCACUCAGGCGACGAGAUGA